AUGGCGGAAAAUAAUUCAGGUUGUCCGAUCCAAGGUAAACCAGACCUGUACGGGCUUGGUGUACGCCUUGGUCUUUACCUACAAUUCAUCGCUAUCGUGCUCGCGAGACCAUCAUUGAAACACGCUUUCAAAGCCAUCACUAGCUCAACUAUAGCCUUCGUCCUUGCUAAUUUCAUCGUACUCGUCAAAGAGAGUGCAUCGAGGACUCUAUUUGCUCCGGAGGCAUACCUCCUUUUCUUCCUCCUCAUUCCACAGCUCAUGGUGAACGUUAUAAACAUUGAUGUAUCGAGGGAACAUGUAAAUAUCCGUAGUACCAUCACCCUCCUCUUGUGGGGAUCAUUUUGCUUCUAUUUCAGCUGGUUCUGGUGGGUAGGACUAGACGUCUUACCGAUUUCCGGUUGCGAAGAUGAAUUUGGGUUCUUCUUCACCAAGAUCAGCCUCCGGGGUUGGUUCAGAACUUUUAACAAGAUCCUUUGGACAAUAUCAGAUAUUGGAUUUUUCAUAAUGAUUUCAUCGACUGCGAUUCAGGCCUUGGUGACAUAUUUCAAAAGCGGUGCUGAGGACUCUCCGGGACAGCAGCUUCACAACAUGUUGGAAACAAGUAUUGCAGACUGGUCGGAGCUUGGCUCAGAUGCCUCCGCCACUGAAGACGAUAUUCUAAGCAGCGACGGCCCUGGGCAGCUCUGUAAUGUCAAGACAUUGUACGAGGGCGAAUCCAAAUGUACUUGUUGCAUGAAUUGGGUAGAGGAGCUGCCAAAAGAUAUAGGGCCGUCGGCGGAAGAAGAGAAUGAAAGCAGGCGCCACGCACUUCUAAUCCGCAUGCAAAGAAAUCAUAACGAUGGAAAACCGAUGGUUCUCCAUUCCAUCGUUAUCCAGAGUUCUUACCUGAAGUCGAUGCUGGGUGAAUUAUUCGAAGAGUACUCAGGAAUAACUACGACGCUCAAGAAGUUGGUAUUUAGGGCACCGUUUCACUGCUUCUUUUAUGAAUGGAACCGUCUCGAGAAGAUCGUCCGUGAGAUAGAAGACCCCGUCAGCAAGAGUCAUGCGCGUCUACUACGGCGGGUUCUUAGGUCGGAAUUGAGAGAGACUAUUUCGCAAAGCAACGAUUUGAAUCAGAACGGAGUCAUCACUUUCGACUAUCUGUGGUCAAUUUUCAAACCUGGUAUUGAUGUCUACGCUUUGGAAGAUGGGUAUGAUCGCAUUUACAAGCUUCAACGGGCUCAAUACAUCACAGGUCUCGGUGGCCAAUUCUUCCAGGUGACAGUCAACGAGAUUGAUUAUGAUGGAGAUACUUCUGGCUAUAUGUCGAAGGCCCUCCUCAUUUUCAACUUUCCAGGCACGAUGAAAGUCAGCGAUCUUGAUGUUUUCCCUGCUUCUUACCAUCCAAGAUUGGGCGAGGUUAAGGAAACUCUUAGAAAGCGAGGCGAGAAGUUUAGGGAUAUUCACCUUAAGCCGUAUUACUACGGUGCGUACAAAGGUAUAGUUGUAGAUGGAAAGCAAAAGCGCAACAAUAUCACAGCACGAACGCAAGAACUGACUGACGACCUGCUGCAUUUAUGCACCGGUUAUGUACGAGGAUACUGCUUUAAGAUUAAGAAGUGGGUCAUAUUCCAUAUCGACAAUAUCCAAGAUAUCCAAUGGCGCGAUGACGCAUUUGACAGUCUCGUACUGGCUGGUGGGUACAAGAACCUGAUCAUGACAUUUGUUGAGAGUCAUGUCGAGAACAAGGAUAGAUUCGAUGAUGUAAUCGAAGGAAAAGGGCAGGGCAUCAGUAUGCUUCUUGAAGGACCUCCAGGUGUUGGCAAAACUCUUACGGCAGAAGCUGUGUCGGAAAAGUUGAGACGCCCCCUUUACCAAUUGGGCGCUGGGGAACUCGGGGCCGAACCUGAUACGGUAGAAGAGAACCUCAAGAUGAUUCUCGAAACAGCCGCUAAGUGGGAUGCGGUUCUACUCCUUGACGAGUGCGACGUUAUCCUCGCCGAGCGCAGCAACGAUAGUCUUGGUCGAAAUAGCAUUGUUGCUAUCUUCUUGCGUUUGCUUGAGUAUUAUCGCGGCAUGCUAUUUAUGACUACCAACAGAGUCGAAGCCAUGGACCCGGCAUUCCAGAGUAGAAUCCAUCUGACUAUCCACUACCCCGUUCUAGAUGUACCGGCGCGCCGACAGAUUUGGGAACGAUUUAUCCAGAAUUCUCAUCAGAAGUCGACAUUGCUUCCACAUAACUUCCUCGAAUUGCAGUCUAUCCCUAUCAAUGGGCGCGAGAUUAAGAAUGUGAUCAAGACUGCUCAAUUACUAGCAAGCCACGAAAGGGGUCCUUUAACUAUGGAGCACAUUCGUACUGCAUUGGGCGUGUCGCGGGUUGGUUAUAAGCCUAGAGCCGAGAUAAUUCAUUGCGAAUGA